AUGGCGACAUCUACAUGUGGCACGCGUAGCCUAUUGCCUGUGCUGUGCGUCUGUCUGUGUGCACGUGUGCACAAGUCUGUCUGUGCUGACCCAUACCGGGUGCUGACCGAACCGCCAGACUACUCAGCCUCAUGGCAUGUUGUUGCGCCUCUGAGAGUAGACAGUAUCAUUCGUCGUCUCACAGACGCAGCAUCAGCGUCAGCAGUAGCAGCAGCAGCAGCAGCAGCAGCAAUCCGAUCUCAUGCCCUGCAUACGACCAGACACACCUACACGCCUAGAGACGGGUACAGACAGCCUUGGAGACAGUGGGCUGAGUGCCCAGGCACCAUUGUGCCGGUUGUCUGUCUGUCUGUCUGUAUGUAUGUUUGUCUACUGUGCUGCACUCCUGCACUCUCCACACAUGCAAUGACAUACGUGACCAGCAGACAACCCAAAAGGCCGUUCACCCACACAGACCCGAACUGA